CAUGCCCUUACACCUUAUUAGCACCGAACAACAGGGCGAUACUGGCCGGUGUGGUGAGACAGGUUGCUAGAAUCUCCCCUUUAUUAUGCACCGGAGGUUUAUCAUCUCGGUCAGAUGUCUGAUAUCGACAAUACUAGCGCGACUGCUGUUGGAGAUACGGAGAAAUUCUCGCUUAUCUAUGCGGCAUACGCAAAUUCCCCGACUGGCCGACUGUCACUGGACAUCUAGCAUGUACCUGCGUUGGAUGGUCAUGCGUCAGUUUCCAACCCGUUGCCAUUUUCUUGGACGUAAUGGGGAUGCUCUUAAAGAUCUUAGCCAAGUCUGCGACAUGAUCUUAACGCCUUGGGUACUCCGUACUAUGACCCCAUCACGUCAGGCUCUCUGUUGUGCACCUUACCAGCAAUCCUUGACGGAUAAUCUGGUAUUGUAACCCGGAUGGCCUUGGCCAGGUCGUCGCAGGCUGUCGGUUAUGCUUUCUCUGCAUUUCAUAGAGCCGCCCAAGGCAUAAAUCGGUCAGGUCGAGAUACCUCGUUGCAGGCGGAAC